CUAUUUGGAUUUAGUGAUACCUUCAUAUUCGUCGCCGUCCUUCGCUCCAUUUGCUUCCUCUCUCCCCCGCCAUUGAUGAUUCCCUGCACUGUCUUUGUUUCUGAUUGAAAUCGAGUGUGUUUUGUCGUGUUGAAUUCCUCUUCUUCGGCUAUGUGAUUCGAUGAACAUCUUUGAGUUGAAGUGUACUUUGUAUGGAUUAAUGCAAGUAUUUUGUGUUUGGGAAGAGGAUCGAGGGGUAUAAUCAGUAAACAAAGCCUCGAGGUCAUUGAUGUUUAAUGCGUGACUGGAUUGGAGAUUCCUGUUUGUAGAUUGAGGAGUCAUUUGUCAGCCUUCCGGUAAUUGAUUUUGGAUUUGUUUCCGAUUGAAGUCGAGUGGUGUUUUUGUAUUAAAUUCGUCGGCCUUGAAUUUGAAGUGUGAUUGGAUUGAAUGUAUCUGUGUUGGGAUGAAGAACGAGGAUUAUUAAUCAGGAAGAAGAAGAAUGAUGAAUUUUCGAUGAGUGGAAUUUUCUAUUCGGUCGAGAAUGGAGCGGAACUAUCCGUAUGAGAAUGGAGUGAUGAUGACGAGAGACACGAAGCCAAGACUGAGAUGGACUGCUGAUCUUCACGACCGUUUUGUAGACGCGGUCACCAAACUCGGUGGCCCUGAAAAAGCAACUCCCAAGUCUGUGUUAAGAUUGAUGGGUUUAAAGGGCUUGACUUUGUACCACUUGAAGAGUCAUUUACAGAAGUAUAGACUUGGACUGCAAACUCGAAAGCAAAAUGUGGCUGAGCAAAGGAAUGAAUGUAGUGGGACUCUGAGCAACUUCAUUGGAGUUGAGGAAGAUGAGAGGGGGAUGAAAAUUGCUGAGGCACUAAAAUCACAUGUUGAUGUGCAGAAAACAAUACUAGAACAACUUGAGGUACAAAAUAAACUACAAAUGAGAAUAGAAGCUCAAGGAAAAUACUUGCAAGAUAUCUUAGAGAAAGCACAAAAGAGUCUGGCACUUGCCAUUAACAGUGACCUUGGUAGUCUUGAAAGCACAGGAAUGCAGCUAUUAGGCUUUGACGUGGCUUUGUCAGAUCAAAUGGAAAAAAUUAAGAAACAAGAAAUGAGAGGAAGCAUGACGACUGUAAACGAUACUUGUAAGAAGACGGGCGACUCACCCAUCCAGAUGUGCAAAGUGGAAGCUGGAGAAGAAGACACAAACGAGUUUAAUGUUGAAAGGAAUAUGAUCAACUUUGAUUUGAAUUCAAAAGGUGGCUAUGAUUACAGUUCAAAUGGGGCCGAAAUACUCGAGGCCAAAGUGCUUCCUUGUUCGAGGUGAUCAACCAUGCCAGUGUAGAUCAUUUCAGGAUACAGCUUUUGAAGCGUUUUCUCCGCCACCUAUUUCGAAGUUUGUCGAGCAACGUUCGAAGAAUCUAUGGUAAGUUCAUAACCUCUUCUUCUGCAUAUGCCACUUGCCUUUGUUCAUAUGAAUGAAGAAUUUGAAAAGGUUGAAGUAACCAUAGCAACUCUUGGCCAUCACUAAAGUAUGGUAUGAUAAUGUUCACGUUUUUUCCCUCAUUUGUCUCGUUGUAAAAUAUCGACAUAUUUGUUUUGGUAAUGAUCCUUGUUUUAAGGUCGAGUUUUUCUUAUUAAACUCACUCGACGAA